AUGGCCCUUCGCUUCGAUGAACCGCCAUCACCAGAGAGGCUGGGACGCUCUGAGACCUGGAUCGACCCUUUGGGAAUUAUCUGGGUCGGUACUCCGACUCGUAGGAGUCAUACCUUCGGGUUUGAAUAUGGAAGUCAACAUCCACUAACGUUCUCAGACGACGAGAGAGAAAUGUAUCCGCCACAGGAGAUGGAGCAAGCACCAUUCCCAUAUAAUGACAGGGGCCCACAGCCCUGGGGGUUUCCUCCCCCUCCUCCCCUCCGACUAUGCGACCCACGAUUGCUUGCAAAACUGAGAUUCCCCAACGAUGUCCCCGUUCAGGUGCUAGAGAGGAUGAAAUACAGAGGCUUUAGAAGGUACGUCAACUAUCCAACUAGAUUAUUCCACCUCCGGCCGCAGUCCAACCUGGAAAUCCCCGAGGACCUGGACUGGGAGACUGCGUUCCUGUGGCGACAGGUCUCCAGCUCACUAUGCAGGGCCGACUGGAUUGAGGAGUUUCCCUACCCGGCGCUCGACAUGCCCCUGCCGUAUUUCCCAGAGGCACUCCUCCAGCAUGGCCAGACCAUCCGGACAAGCAAGCUCACCCCGGAAGAGGGUCUCGAGUUCGCCGCGGCUGUCUGUCACUCAGCCGCCAGGGGCCCGUCGGACCCAGAGCCAAACUUCAACGUCGAGUGGAAGGACAUCAGGAAGAUGGCUAUAGGCGUCGUCGGGCAGCUCGAGAGGCAGGGGAACCCCGGGGCCGCCGCCAUGGCCGCCAGUAUGAGAGAACAAAGGAGGGACUGGAGGGAGUACGACUCGUUCUUCCGGUUCCGGGAUUGGAACCACAAGCCCACGGGGAUGGGAUUUCGAGGCACCCGCGACUUGCUCUUCCUAGACGACGACUACCUGACCGACUUCCUCAAGCGCGCGAGCCAGGACGGCGCGGCCUCGGUGCGCAUGAGGCCCGACGUCAAGCUCAUCCCCUUCCUCGCCGGCCCCGACGCGGCCAAGGUGACCGCCAUCAUGGUCUCGGCCAAGGCCUUCCGGGACCCAGAGGCGCGGACGUACCUGUGCUACGCCAUCGCCAGGGCCUUCCCCCGCCUCCACAGGCUCCGCCUGACCUCCAUCGGCACCGUGGCCAGCGACGUCGCCGAGCGGCUGGGCCUGACGCCCGACCGCUGGUUCAAAACCGGCGAGCUCGGGUACUUCGCGCAGGAGGAGAUGCGGCGCAACGGCGGCAGCAGCUACGUGCGGCGGGCCCGCGAGGACGCCGAGGCCCGCUUCGACACCGCCGGCAUGUCGCCGGCGCUCAUGAGGGCCACGGGCGCGUACGCCGACGGCCGGGGCCGGUCGCUGGCGGGCGACCUGGCGCGCACGCCCCUGGUGGCGUACGGCAUCGGCGCGGGCCUCAUGCACGACCCCGAGCCCCGCGCCCCAGCUGACCACGAGGGCGGGCGGGACCCGCCCUUCAUAGCGGCCGUGCAGCACAUGCUGACGGCCGCGUUCCGGGUCGUCGCCCGGCGGCGGGAGGCCUGUGCCGCGGUGGCGCGCGCCGAGGCGCGGGCCAGGCGGGCGGGCUGGCCGACGAUGCUGCCGCGGCCUGUGCCUCUUGGCCCUGCGUGGGGUGUCUGGUCUGCCGACAGGUCGUACCGGCGCUGCGGGAUGAGGCCCCAGGAUUUCCGCUGGUGGGCAGAGGACCAUAUCGCCAGGGAGCGCCGCAGGCAUGCCCACGCCCAACCCGAGCACUUCUCGUCCGAGGCUGAACCGCAGCCGGCCCACUCUGUGCCGUAUGCGCGGGUCGAGGCGACUGUGCUGAUCUACGAUCGGGAUGCCUAUGACAGGAAUGUUUAUGGUGGGUGGACGGGUUUCGCUCCUGGCGUUGACUUGUCUUACUUCCCAUAA